AUGACUUCUCCCAUCGCGCCCUGUCUAUCAUCAGACAUUUCCAAUCUGAGUUCGUCACCGUCAGAAGGAGCAUUAAUCGUUCGGAUACGCCGGACUUUGAGGCUUGGUGGCCGGAACUCCACCACAAGCUCGAGACCACCCCCACCGCCUACCCCUCCUCCAGAGCACUCGAACUUUACAAAUCAUAAUCGUUCGCGUUCCACUUCUAGCUUCUGGCGAAAUAAGACGAGGCUCACUGCCUUCGAGCGGUUUGUUAACGUGGUAAGGCGGAAGAAGGAUGGGCAGGUCGUGUUUCCACCUGCGGAUUGGUUUCCGCCAACUCAGACUGUUGAUGUUCAAAGUGAAGCAAUCCAAGGCACAAGUACCCCCAGUCCUGAUCUCGACCACCCCACAGCUGUGCCAUUGCCACUCAGUCCCGCAUCGCCAGAGUCGAGCGCAGAAGAACAUCAACUGGGCGAUGUCGGGAAUCCCGACCAAUUCCUUGCUGAAGGUGGGGAGACACCUCCGGAGCCAACAUUCCUCGCUCGCAAGAUCCAGACAUUGCUGUCUGCCUUCCCUCUGCUCUCUACGAGUGUCCCGGCCACCCCCUCUGACUCUGGCUCUGGUCCCGCUCUUGUGCCAUCUAAUCUGAAUUCUGACUGGAAGUUCGUCUCUUUCCUAUCUUCACCAUCGGUUAUGAACGGCUCGAUAGCCAGAGGCAGGCAGAGCGUAUGGUCUGUCUUGGACAUGCUGCGGGGCACGCCAACGGAGCCGUCUCAACCUGGAGGCUCGGCGACGGAGAAGGGGAAGGAACGAGCCACAGAGGAACAGUCGGACGAGAAUGUUCCAGAGAAUGACCAUUCCAGUAUCAUGCUAUGCGGCCCUCUUCUGCCAACUCCAGAAUCAGAGGUCGAGUUCGCACGUUCAGAGAUUAUUUCCGUGCAGGAGGACGAAGAAGCCCCUACUCCCCGAGACAGGCCAGAAAAUGAGAUGAAACCUACUUCGGCUGGGAAGGAGGAGAGAAUCCAUGUCACAAAAGGCUCAGAGAAACUGAUAUGGCUACCAUCCACCACAAAGAUAUCAUUGGAAGUGAUGUGGUGGGGAUACCGCGUUUAUCUUCCUCCUCCAGUUCUCGCACUCCUGGACAACCAACAUAUCGAAGCGAGCAAGCAAGCAGCUCUGUUGACCGCCGCGCUUAAAUGGAUCUUAGACCGUGUACCUUCCAUCGCUGUGCCCCUGCAGAUGCGUCCAGCGUUCAAGCUUUUGGCACAUCUCGUGCCGUACCUCGUGUACAUUGGCAGUUUUGUGGCUUGGAGCUGGGCUGCGAUCAAAGGGUUCGACAAGGGCAAUGGUGUUAUAUUGACUGCUACUUGGCUACUACCGGUAGCUUUGAUUCCAGGAACAUGGGGGAACCCUGAAACCAUGUCUGCAGCACCGGCGGACACCGCAGUAUGUGCUUGA